ACAUUUCCAUGUCUUUUGACUUCCUCCAUUCUUACAUUAGUCAUUUCUAUCAAUUUGUCAGGCAUUUAAUUUCCUUUUAAUUAAGGUACUCUGGGGUGGUCGUUGGCAAAAAGAGGCGGGUGCGACCACUGGCGAAGAGGUCGAACAAAUAAAUAGCCAUUUUUCUCGACUUGGAAAUAGUACCAAACAUAUGUUACCAGAAGGCAGAGAAGAAUUACUUACUGAGCAUGCAUUGAUUUGGAACAAGAGAAAAAUCAUGCAGAUGCCAGCAGUUUUGGCAAAGAGAUAUAUGAAGGCAAAACAAGAUUUUCAAGAUCUGCAAAAGAAACUCGCUGAAGCAAAAAAUGACUUAGGCGUAACAAAUUCAGAGACAUGGAUUCAAGAUGUGACUCAAUCUGCAAGAGAAGAAGAAAUAAGAAGAAAAGUUCGAGUAGCUCUGUCAGAAGAGGAAGAAGCUUUUUGGGCGAACGAAACCCAUGUUAAUUCAGAAUGUCGUAACCCUUUGGUUAUCAAUGCGGUCAAAGUAUUUCCAAAGUACCAUAAAAAAAUAGCGUCUGCUGACCUCUCAGUUGUGGUGCCCAAGUUAAAAGAGAAGUUUGGUCCAGACUGGAUGAAUGUUCUCGAUAACGGUGAAAAAUCUUUAAGGGGCAAUGUUUCGUCUAUGUUGGAACGCAGUAUGCAGACUGCACACUUUAAAAUAGUGCAACUGGCGGCUAAUAUGAACAAACUUGCAGUUUACCCGAUUCGUGUUAAGAAGAAGAUAGCUGAGUUGGAGAAUGAAUGCACUCGUUAUGAAGAAGAGAUUGGCAUUUUAGAAAAGGAGAUGAAACAUUUCAUCGAAUAUUAUAGAAACAAUGUUGUUAGACGUCUUAAGGAGAACGAAGCCAUCUUGUUAGCUCAGCUUACUAGUGAUAAAUCUGAAAUUAUUAGCUCCAUGGUAGAAAACAACGAGGGGAGAUAUAUAACAUAUUCAACAGAGACUGGUGUUCUGAAAGGAAAGCUUGCCCUCUUAAGAAUUGGUAUAGAUUUUGCUAUGCGACAACUGGAAUGUGGUGUGGAAAUGUUUUCCAAAGUCCUUGGUAAUGUCUCUGGCAUUUCUGACAUAAUAAUUGAUGUUGAAGAUGCUGUAGACGAAUCACCGUGUUCAAGUGAUGACGAAUCCAACUAUGUUGAUGAAAUCAUGAACAUGUUUAUUGAAGUCCAGAAAAGCAAGAAACUAAAGGAAGCUAGAAAGGAGCUGGAAAUCAUGACACCAGCUCCAAUGAACACUAUGCUUCAAAAACAGCCGAGGUGUGAAGCAACAGCAGCACGGGAGAAGAGAAAAUCAAUGGUUGUGCAAGAGGUUCCAAGGACUAUUCAAGGUAUAUCACUUUCAGGAAUCUAUAUGUAG